GCCCAGUGUUUUUUUCUCCCAGUCUCAUACAAGGAGCUCUUUAAGCCCCGGUACCGACACACAGAGCAGGCAUUCAUACACGGGCAGCGCGAGCGAGGGGGCUGGGGAGCGAGCGUCACUGUGGAAACUCGGGAACUCACGGAUUCUCGUGCAAAACCGUCGACCUCCUUUUCCCAUUACUGAAGUCAUUGUUGGAUUUCUCCUGCGGGACAAACGGAGGAAAAAGAAAAGGGGAUCUCAGGAGGGAAGUGAGACUGGGUGGGUUUGACAAGGAUAGUUGCGCAUUAGCAGGUAAACUGGGGUCCAAGGUGCGCACUGUGCCGCCUAUGAUACCAACAACACGGAUGGAAAGAACUUUAAUGUGGAACCCUCACAGAGUUUUGCAACGGAGGCUGAGAGUUGAGACAGACUGGCCAUUUAUACUGUAACUUAACGGAGGCCAGAGAGACAGAUCAGGCAGUAGUCAGCCGACAGUCCGUGCGUCACUGUAGGACAAACAGCAGCAGGAGCCGGUCAGGUAGAGCUGAGGGUCAACGGCAGGCUUUGCAUCCUGUGCGCACCUGGAGGCUUGUGUGUGUAGGAAGAUGUCCAGAGAGGACCAGAGCUUAUCGGAAGUUGAGCUCAGCCCUGGGGUGUCAGACGACAGCCGCUCCCUGUCACCGGGUCGUACCUCCGGUGCCGGUGGCUGCGGGGACUCGCCUCUCCGCGGACAACAGCAGCCGCAGCUUGCGGGUCUGGACGACGAGGCGGCGGGCCCCUCAUCCGUCAAAUCUGACGAGGAAGACGAGCGCUUUCCCGCGGGAAUCCGUGAGGCGGUGAGCCAGGUGCUCAACUGCUAUGACUGGACCCUCGUGCCCAUGCCGGUGCGCGUGAACACCGGAAGCAAGAGCAAACCGCACGUGAAGAGGCCAAUGAACGCAUUCAUGGUGUGGGCGCAGGCGGCGAGGAGGAAACUGGCGGAUCAGCACCCCCACCUGCACAACGCAGAGCUCAGCAAGACCCUGGGGAAACUGUGGAGGCUUCUCAACGAGGCUGACAAGCGACCCUUCAUUGAAGAGGCAGAGAGGCUGAGGAAGCAGCACAAGAAGGAUUACCCUGACUACAAAUAUCAGCCAAGACGCCGCAAGAGUGGAAAGCUUGGUUCUGGAUCAGGAAGUGAGGCCGACGGCCAUUCGGAGGGUGAGGUCAGCCACAGCCAAUCCCACUACAAGGGCCUCCACCUGGAUGAGGCCCACAGUGGGGGAGCCGGGUCCCCUUUGGCAGGGCAGAGCCACAGUCCUCCCACACCUCCCACCACUCCCAAGACAGAGCUUCAGUCUGGGAAAGCAGGAGAUGGAAAGAGGGAUGGUGCUGGGAAUGGGGGCUCCCGUGGCCCACUGGGACCAGAGGGAAACUCAGGUGCUCCAGGAUCUGGGAAACCUCACAUCGAUUUUGGUAAUGUGGACAUUGGCGAGAUGAGCCAUGAGGUGAUGGCCAACAUGGAGCCUUUUGAUGUCAAUGAAUUUGACCAGUAUCUUCCCCCCAAUGGGCACCCGGGGGUCGGGCAGAGUGCUGGGGCAGGCUCGGCUGCAGGAGCGUCCCCUGCCUCACCAUACACUUAUGGUAUCUCCUCAGCUCUGGCAGCGGCCGGUGGACACUCAGCAGCCUGGCUUUCUAAGCAGCAGCAGCCACAGCAGCAUCACAGCUCCCCCCUCGGCUCUGAUCCUUCUAAAGCACAGAUCAAGAGUGAGACCGCAGGGGGCGUAGGCCAUUUUACCGAAGCAGCAUCACAAGGAUCCCAUGUCACUUACACGCCUCUCAGUCUUCCUCACUACAGUUCUGCUUUCCCAUCUCUGGCCUCCAGGGCUCAGUUUGCUGAGUAUGCUGAACACCAGGCCUCAGGUUCAUACUAUGCCCACUCCAGCCAGGCCUCAGGGUUGUACUCUGCCUUCUCUUACAUGGGGCCGUCACAGAGGCCUUUGUACACUGCCAUCACUGACCCCGCCAGUGUACCGCAGUCGCACAGCCCCACACACUGGGAACAGCCUGUCUAUACCACACUGUCACGACCAUGACAGAUAACAAGACCAGAGGGCACUGGUGCAGGUUCAGCCCCCUUUUCCAUGUCAGACCCUUUGAGCAGCAACAGAAGUGUUGGCGGUACGGGUCUUGAAAGUGGUCUGGACUGGGGGGGCGGAGGCAGGCACCAGGGUGUUGGCUGGGGAGUCAGAGGGCAAGAAACCCUGUUCUGUUCUUUCUCAGCUGCAGAAAUGCUGUCACAGCCUGAGGAUGAGGAGUCACUGGCUGAAACAGUGUAGAAAUCAGAGAAUGUAUUACUUUGGUGGGGCAAAGUUAAAACACCCAGUUAUCAGAGGAGGUCCAGGUUAGAGUCACAGCAGCAAACCUCUAGCACUGAAAACUGGCAGUGUUAAUGGGUGGAAAUAUUGUGUCCUUAUCAGGUGAAGUGGCAGAGGAGGCACACUGUAGGCUACAAAGGGGCCAGCAGCCAACAGGGACCACUGCAUACACUGAGAACAUCGAAACUGGAAAUAUUCAAAGCUCAAAACAUCGACCUGUGUUAUCGAUAGAUACAUAGGCUUUAUUGUACUGAAGUAUUGUGUGCCAAACAAUGUAACAGUUCACUUCUCAGGCAAAAUGAAUCCUUUUCCAGACAGUUAUAAAUUAAUUCUAGAAGCCAAUUCAACAAUAACUGAUAACAUGUUUUUGAUUGGCACGUUUGUCCCUCCUUAAUUCAGAUAAUUGUGCUGUGUUCACUUAAAAUACCUUUUGUAAACACAAAGAACAUGCAUGGAAGAAAAAUGCCAUAAACCAUGCUGUUCAGGUAUAUGUGAAGAAUAUUUCCUAUACUAUAAAUACGAAUGCUGACUAUUAUUAGGAAUAUGUAUACAAUGUGCUUGAGGACACGUGACAAAUGUAUAUUAAUGGAUACUUAUGUAUUUGUUAAAUGACCAAAGUUUUGAGACCAAAACUUUACAUAUAAAGAAGAAACUGAUCUCACAGACCGAUCUCUUUCUCCCAACGUCAUACAAAACUACCUUGUAUUAAGUAGAAAUGAGUUAGUUUUAUCUUAGUGAAUUUGACUUAUUGUAAACGAUUAAAACUGUAUUAGGUUUCUUUCACAACAGCACUGAUGUGUGGUGAUUUCCAAUAACACACAACAUAUUCAUUGAGAACAUUCAUGCUAAAAAAAAAAAAAACAAUUUUAUUUAUGCAUUUUCAUAGUUCUCAAUGUGUCAUAGAACACAUUAAUACCAACUUUUUCAAAAUUAUUUUAACAAAUACUAAUACUGUCAAAUGCUUUUCAAUAUUGUUAUGUUAUCUCCACUGAAAGUCUGCACCACUGCCUCUGUUUUUCCUUGUAUGAUACUGAAGAUAUGUACAUAGAUCAGUAUUCAAUGUGAAGAUCUUAGUUUCAGUAACGCCAAUAUCAAGAAGCAGUUGCCAGAGAUUGCGCUUCAAGCAGAUAUGUACGUUUUAACAGAGCCUAACACUGAUGUAAAAUAUGCCUUGCCCUAAAUAACACAUGCUAAACACAGGUUAAACAGAGAAGCAGUAACAUUUAUUUAAUGUUUAUGUCUUUUUUUUUUUUUUUUUUCAGUUUUUUGACUAUUACUUACUCUAUUUGUACUGUUUUUUUCCCAUUUGUCUUUAUUCUAUGUUAAUUUCAGUCCUUGUAUUUCAGUAUGAUUUAAUUUGUUAUCACUUAAAUAUUAAUUUUCACUAUUUGACACAAAAUGUAUGCAUGCAGCACUGCCAGCUAUUUGUAUUUAACCGUUUACCUCCACAAGUGACAGAGCAGAGGUCCAAUCUUUAAUGUUGCUAUGAAUUUUUGCAUUCCUUAUUUAUAUUUGUUUUAUGUUCACAUGAGCUGUUAACAUGUAUCUGUCUGCAAUGAAAAAAAAAUCUGCCAUUUUAGUAUUUGAUAUUUUCUAUUCUUGAAUAAUGUUUUCCAGCAAAGCAUAGCUACACAACCUCUAAACAUCACCAGCAGGAGCGAAAGCCUGAACAUGUGAUGAUGUCUAAUGAUCUUUUACUCUCACUUGAAAUAAAGCUCUGUUAUUUCUGCUUUAA